UAAGAGCUCUUUAUUUUAUGUAAACGAAAGCGGGAGGGAGGGAGAACACCCAUCCCGCUCCUCCGCCCCGCAGACGGACAGCGGACGCGGUCGCCUGACGCCAACAUCCGCCAGCGGCUCGAGAUAAGACGCCGCCGGGCGCGGCCGCUCUCGCGGACGGACGGACGGCACCCGCGGCAUGUCUCACGCGCAGAAGCCGCAUCUCAAGGUGAUCCUGCUCGGGAAUUCGGGGGCGGGGAAGUCCUCCUUCAUGAACCAGUAUGUGAACCGGCGCUUCACCAACCUGUACCGGGCCACGAUCGGGGCGGACUUCUUCACCAAGGACAUCACGGUGGACGACAGGCCGGUCAGCCUGCAGUCGUGUGUUCGUUUCCAGAUCUGGGACACGGCCGGGACCGAGCGAUUCCAGUCCCUAGGGGGCGCCCUGUACCGCGGUGCCCACUGCUGCCUCCUGGUGUUCGACGUCACCUCCGCGGCCUCCUUCGCCGCCCUGGACUCCUGGAGGCGCGAGUUCAUGGUACAGGCCGACCCCCCCGACCCCCAGCGCUUCCCUUUCGUCGUCGUGGGCAACAAGACCGACCUGGACAACCGAGAGGUGACGGGAAAGCGCGCACAGGACUGGUGCGCGGAGUUGGGGGCGGAGUACUUUGAAGUCAGCGCCAAGGAGGACAUCGACGUGGACAAGCCGUUCCUGAGCGCCGUCAGAGCUGCGCUGCACUAUUUCAAGGACUACAGCUCUGAGACCCCUGGGGACUAUUUCCAGCUUGCCUCCAGAACGCCAGAGGAGAAACCGGAGGGCCGGUGCGUCUGCUGACAACGCUGCCCCCUGGCGGACUGGAGGUGCUACAGCUUUCUCGCAGGACGGCAGUCUGGGGCUGAAGCUCGUGGAACUGCUGCCCACUGAAUGAUGGACGUUAAUUAAAUCCUUGAAAAAAGAAGCCCUCAAGCGUUUCACCUGGAAGCAGCUUCUCUCUGUUCCUCCACUUCUCCAUUUAUUUUUAUUAAGUUCCUCUAUUUUCUGAUGCCUUUCCCAUAUUCAUUUCAAGGUUUCUAUAUACUAAAUUAGUUGUAGGACUAACGAGUGCCUCCACAUAACUCUAGGAUUUAACCAGUUUGGCUUUCUGGAGAAUAGAGAUAAAAAAUGCAUUAGUCACAUAGGAGGUAGUUAAUAUUAAUUGACCAUGCUGCACUGCCACAUGUCAAAAUAGGUUUUCAUUACAAUGGAUGGAAAUAUGUUCAUUUCUGCAUUGUGAUAGCUGAAAUGUUUAAAUGUGUUCCAACAUAGUGAUUUAUACCUAGCAUGCAGACUUUUCCAUUCAGACUUUAGAUUUACCUGAACAUGUCAUCUAAGUCCUGCUGUUUAAGCCUAAACUUUCAAAUUAAACUUUUUUCUCGA